UUUACUCAACAGCUUUAGUGCUGUGUGGAAGUAGGAGAGAAAUGAACUGCACAGAUUUUAACCUUGAUUACUAAGCAGGGGGUGGAGGUACAGAGGGAGAGAGAAUGAAACCAGGGAAAUAAAGGGAAGAAGGAGAGGGUAAGAAGGUGAGAAGGACAGAUUUCAACACUUCUUGGUGUAUCAGGUGGACGAUUUCAGUUCUUUGCGUCUUUCAGGUGACCUUCCAUCCUUUCUUUCAUCUCAUCGACUGAACUAUUGCAGAAUGGAAACAGACUCUGUGACUUGCUCUAAGAAAUCUGAAUCUCACGAUGAAUGCACUAGUGAACAAGGAAAAAUCCACAUCAAUGAUGAUAGGGAAGCAGCAAAUACAGCCGCAGACCCACAAGAUAUUAAAAACAAGGACAGCAAAGCUAUUAGUGGGUUAGAAAAGACAGAAACACCUGACAGCAGUUUCCCUCCUCAACCUCACGAUCAUCCCACCUCCUCACCACCAGAUGUAGCCAUUGAGGCAAUGGAAGAUUUGAGCAGUACAGUUGAAAGUGAGUCGAAUGGUGAUCAAGAGUGGCCACCAGUGCCAGGACUAGAAGAAGACAUCCAGUCAGAGAGGAAUGAGUGUCAGGCCACUGAGUUUCAGGAUGAGGUGAAGGAAAACACUGAAACUAGUGAAGAUUUUCAGACAACUGAGAAUGAAGAACCUGUUACCAUAACACAGGUAGACAAAGGCUCAUUGCAAACACCAAAGGUGGCCAAUGAAGACGAGGGACAUGAGCUAGAAUCACAUGGUGACUCUGACUCAAUUGUGUUUCUGUCAGAAAACAGUGAAGAACAAAACAUAGACAGCAAACCGGUGGACUAUGCCACCACCAGAGAGCAGUGGGUGAGACGGGACAGCCGCGAUGAACCGUCAAACCUGACGUAUUCAAAGAGCUCUUCAAAAAGCCUUCACACUAAGGCCAAACCUUCAUCAAGUAAAUCCACAACUGAAGCUGUGGUUAAUGUGGAGAGCAUCCAGCAGGGGGAGCCUGAGGUAAACAACCCAAGCGAUCUGAAUGAGAAUGAGGUGGUACAACAGGUGUGUGGUGAUGCUCCGCCCCUAGAAACAGUUGCAGGCGAUCCAGCCAAUCCAGAGCAAGGUAACUCUGGUGAAGUAAAAGAGCCAUUGAUAAUGCCACAGGGGAGGAGGGACAGUAAAAGGGAGGGUAGUGAAACAGGUGAAGAGCGAAAGCAAAUAGUGUGUUUCACAGAAACAGGUGGGACUGAAGGGAAGCAGCUGGGGGAGGUUAAAGAUCAAAGACAGGAACGGGAAAACAACGGACAGAGAGCAGAGUCCCAGUCAAGCACAAAGCCUCAUCUGGAAGAAGGGAAAGUCAACAGAAUGCAGGUGGAAAAUUUUGAUGACAGCCAGAGCGAUAGUGGCGUAUCAGCAGAUUUCUCUCCUAACAGUAUAGCAGAUGUCUUGGAGGGCCAUGAUAAUGAUGCUCCUCAGCCGUCUGAAUCUCCACCUAACGAAACUCCCAUUGAGAGGGAGAUCCGUUUGACCAUGAAGAGAGAGCAGAGUCUAAGGCGUUCUCGAGGACUGGGCGACACCACUGACAGGACUAACGAGUAUGUGGAAAUUCCACUGAGAAGGCCUAUUCUAUCCCAGGACCUCCAGAUGAGACCCAACCCAAGCCACAGCAAAGACCGGCAGUUUGCCGGAAAGAAGAUGCAGAAGGAAAUCAGCGCGGAGACAGAGAGGGAGAAGAUUCUGGUUGAACUGGGCCGACUACCUGGCUUCUAUGACAAGGGUUCAGAGGUACAGCUUCAAGAAAAAAAGCAGCUCUUUGAGUCAUUCCAAGAGCCGAAGGAAUCAGCGAUAGCUGUUAGCAGAAGAUCUCCCACUUUAGAGUCUGCGGCUGGAUUACAAGAAGUUGAUUCUGCUGUUGAUGUUAAACAACGCCUAACGCACUUCUCACAAACGUCUCCCACGCCACCAGCCCAGUAUGGAGGCUCCAACGGCAGCCCUCCUGCCGCUCGAGGACCUGGUCUAUCUGAGGGAAUCAAGGGCCAGAUAAUCAUCAUAGAGGCCAACACUAUUCCCAUAACUAUGGGAGGACCAAACGGAGGUUAUAAGACCACCUCAUGGACAGAAGGAGGAUCUGCAAAAGCGGUGAAUUCACCAAACGUGAGGGCUUCUUCUGCCGAGCCUAUUAGAUCAAGACAAAGCCCACAUUUAGAAGUGACUGAAGAUGAAGAUUUGAGUUUAGUGAAGGAGAACCCUUUCUUCAAGCUCCGCUCUUCUAUGAGUCUGCAGUCUCAGGUGGAGCUGGACAUUAAGGAGGCUAAGGAGAGGGAACGAGAACUACAGAGACAGAGAAACAGUCUUUAUGGAAGAGUAGCCAUGUAUACAGAAGAAGGAAGAGGAAUGGAUUUGAGGACAGACAUUAGAGUGAACGAGGAAAGGGAAAACUCUUGGCAAGAGAGUCCCCCACCUCAACGGACAAAUUUGACUCCAGCAGGCCGCCAAACAGAGACGAUCACCACUAGUACGUCAGUGCGUCAAUCCACUGGAAAACUGGACCUAACAUGGCCACCACCACAAUCUGACGAAGGACAAAGACAACAGUCAGAGAAAACGGUAAAGAUCCCAAGGCAGAGAAAUCCAUUACUCGAGCGCUGGGAGUCAGGGAUGGUGAACGGCCAUGUGGAAGACGACGACUGAGAAUGAAACCCAACUACAGCAUCCUGAUAUAAACAACAUGAAGCCCAGUCAACUAAAUACACUGGGCUAAAGUAAAGCGUACGAACAAAUGAUCAGUUUUCCCACAAACCUAUCCGAAAGGAAACCAGUUUGAGUACCACGUGCCAUUACGGGUGGAUAAAGAGCAUCAAUUGCCUCAGAAAAGAGACUAUAGUUAUCCAAUCUGAUAUUCCACAAAACACACCGUGUAAAUAACAAAUGAGCCAAACUGGUGUUAAUGGUAGUAGGCAUGGCAGUGUUUAUUCUUGUUACAUAGGCUCUAAUGAUUUCAAAUGUAAUAAUUAUGUCAGUGUAAUUCUCUGCUUUACAGUUAUACAGAUAUGUAUAAUCAGUUAACAUAGCUGCUUAUCUCAUAGUAAUAAAACACACUGGAAUACUGUAAGAUUAUAAAAUAAUUAUAUUUAAAUGAACAUUAUUGGAUAGAUAUUUCAUUACUGAGUAGAAAAGCUAAAUUAUACUGGGAAAUGGCUUUAUUAAUGCAUAUAUGAUAAAAAUGAUCAAAUAAAUAAAGUGUUAAUCAGCUUUUCUUUUUAUUUGCGAAGACUCAAACUGCUGAAUGUGACUCAUUGUUAGUAUUAUGAUAAAGGUUUGGCCCUCGAGGUCCGAAACUAGAUAACUGACUUCACAACAGGCACAAUGACCAGGAUGUAAUGUUUACGCCAUAUCAAUGGGUGAGAUUUUCAAAAUAACAAUUAAUGAGGGCGAUGGUCUAACAUUCAAAGCCCUUUGCUUGUUCAAUGACAUCACAGUCCAUUCUAACCUGCAUACUCAGCCCGUGCUGUGAGGUAUGAAUACUCGACUGCCGUGACUCAACACGCCAGUGGGCAUUCAAAUUUGUCACCAUGGUGAUGAUGGUACUGUAGGAAAGGUACAAAGAAAACGUCCGAGCCCGAGCGAGAUUAGUCAUGAGUGAGAUCACAACACACACACACGCAGCACGCUUUACUGACCCUCUAGUUGCCUGUGAAUUAUUCAUUCACUCUUUCUCAGCACAAUUAGCCAAGGCUGCAUGGGAAUGAUCAUUUCAAAUAUUGCUGCAUCGAUACUACUGGAGAAAGGCUGCCCAUUGCUUUCAGAUUUCAAUGAGCCUAAUCCAAAUGACCUUUAAGACCAAUAAACAAUACUUCUGUGACA